AUGCAAUUAUCUGACUCGUUGCAGAACUGUCGUGAAUCGACGAGGAGCGAUGCCACGAAGGGUGUCCUGGAUCUAUGUCGCCGCCAAUCUGCCAUUCUGGUGCGCAAGACGCUGAUCGAAAUUCACGGCGGGUAUGGCGAGAAAUAUUCCUUUCAGAACUAUGACAGCGGAUUUUCCACCGUAUUCGGUCAGAUUCUCCAUCUCCUAACGAACAUACAGUGUGUGCGUUAUCUGCAGAUAGUGACGAAGGAUUACCGUUCAGUGUUGCGCGCGAGAGCGUAUCAGGUUGAAGAAGGGCAUACGGAGGACAGCCGCGUUUACGACUUAGCGCCAUUUUUCCGCGGACUGAAAGCUGUUCAGGAGAUGGACCUGAAAGGUUCGAGCGCGGAGUUAUUCCGGAAAAUCCACGCCAACUAUUCGAAUGGCUUUGAUGAGCUGAAGGUCACGGGAAACGCUGCGUUGAUGGAGGCGGAUUGUGUGGAAUUGUGGACGGGCUGGUGUGGAAGAUGGCGCCCGGGACGACAACCGAUCCUCCGCUUUCAUAAAUCACACAGCACCGACGACGUGGUAGAGCUGACUAUGAUGUCAUUUUGCUUGGGGAGACCGUCGAGACGUGGGCUGGCACACGAAAUCUGGAUUGAUUACCCCUCGUUCGAUGCCGACGAAUUCAUGCGAGAAUUCGAGCAACGACUUCGGGACGCGGCACCCGGCAUAAACAUCGAACGGCUCCAUGAAACGGAUCCGGAUGCCAUAAUCUCGAAAGAAUGGGUUAAUGCUUGCGCAGAAUUAACACCGGCGCACGGGAUUCAUGGCUAUUUCCGGAUUUUUGUUGGUGGAAAAGGUUUCCUCGUAGCCCUCGAGGUAGGGGCGCCGGAGCAGGAAGAGGACGAAGACGACGGGUAUAUCUCUAUAGAGAAGUUUCUGUGGAUUUUCGAUCGG